CCUGCAGCUUUCCAAGGCCCGCGCGCGUGCGCGGGAGGGACGGCUCCAGCGUGGAGGUUUCCCGUUCAAGGCGACUGAAGAUGUGACUGACGGGCCGGCGGCGGCCAGCGAACGAUGCUGGCCCUUCUAGGCGCGACGACCCUGGUGCUGGUCGCCGGGGCGCCGUGGGUGCUGCCCGCAGCCGCAGGUGUAGAAAAACUAAAAUCUCCUCAAAAUGUAGAGGUCUACAUCAUGGAUGACAACUUUAUCCUGAAGUGGAACAGGAGCAAUGAGUCUGUUGGGAAUGUGACUUUUUCAGCAGAAUAUCAAAUGCCUGAGAUGGAUAAUUGGAUAAAAUUGCCUGGGUGUCAGUAUAUUACUAGUACCAAAUGCAACUUUUCUUCACUCAAGCCAAAUGUUUAUGAAAAAAUUAAAUUGCGUAUAAGAGCAGAAAAAGGAAAUAACACUUCUUCAUGGUAUGAGGUUGACUCAUUUGUACCAUUUCUAAAAGCUCAAGUUGGUCCUCCAGAAGUACAUUUAGAAGCUGAAGAUAAGGCAAUAAUAAUAAACAUCUCUCCUCCUGGAACAAAAAAUAGUGCCAUGUGGGAUCAGGAGGACUUUAAAUAUAGCUUGGUUAUCUGGAAAAACUCUUCAAGUAUAGAAGAAAGAGCUGAAACUGUUCAUGCUAGAGAUAAAAUUUAUAAACUCUCACCAGAGACUAUAUACUGUUUAAAAGUUAAAGCAGAACUAUAUUUGCAGAUGAAAGUUGGUGUCUAUAGUCCAGUGCAUUGUAUCAGUACCACAGUUGAAAAUAAACUGCUUCCACCAGAAAAUAUAGAAAUCAGUGCUAAAAAUCACAGCUAUGUUCUGAAAUGGGAUUAUGCAUAUAUAAACGUGACAUUUCAAGUUCAGAGGCUCCAUGCCUAUUUAAAAAGGGAUUCUGAGAACUAUUCAGAUAAAUGGGAAUCAAUACCUAACUGUGAAGAUAUCAAAAUUACCCAGUGUGUCAUUCCUCAAAAAAAAUCCUCAAAAGAAAUUUACUUUCUCCGUGUACGGGCAUCUGAUGGAAAUAACACAUCUCUUUGGUCUGAAGAGAAAAAACUUGAUACUGAACAACAAACUAUCAUGCUUCCUCCAGUCAUUAACAUAAAAUCCAGUAGCGAUUCAAUGCGUAUCUAUGUCAGUGACUCAGAAGAGUCUGAAAAAAGACCUGUGAGCCAGGAUUACCCACCAAUUUAUGAAAUUGUUUUUUGGAAAAACACUUCAAAUGCUGAGAGAAAAAUGCUAGAGGAAAAUGCUGAUUUUACUGUUCCUAACUUACAACCGCUGACUGUAUAUUGUGUCAAAGCCAGAGCACAUCUUAUGAAUGGAAAGUGGAAUAAAAGCAGUGUUUUCAGUGAGAUUGUGUGUGAGAAAACAAAACCAGGACAUACUUCUAAAGUUAGGCUUAUAGCUGGAAUUUGCACUGCAUUAUUUGCUGUCGCAGUUGUCAUCUGUGCUGUGAAAGGCCUCUGGAGGUGCAUCAAUUACGUGUUCUUUCCAUCAGUUAAACCUUCCCAUGUGGCUGAGUAUUUCUCUGAACAACCAUUAAAGAAUCUUCUACUUUCAACUUCUGAGGAACAAACUGAAAGGUGUUUUAUAAUUGAAAAUACAAACAUGAUUUCUGCGGUAGAAGAAACUAAUCAAAUUGAUGAAGAUAACAAAAAAUACAAUUCCCAAACUAGUCAAGAUUCAGGAAACUAUUCUAAUGAUGAUGAAAAUAAUGGAAGUAAAACAAGUGAAGAACUUCUACAACAGGAAAUCAUAUGGCCAGAGAUUAACUCAGUGUACUGUUAGGUGGUUUUGUGGGAAUUCCACUGGCAGCCUGAGCUCCCUGCUCCUCUCAGUAACUGAAAAGAGGAUCCUCGCUUGUUGGGGGAAAGAAAACAUCUUCAGAUCAUGGGUCCUAAAAAUACAGGCAACACUUAACUAUUUAAAGCUGAAAAUACAGGAGUUUGGAGAAAAGUUUUCCGUGUUCUUUUCUGUGUGUAAGAUCUCGAAAGACCCGUUGUGGAACAGUCUUCUAUGAGGAGUUAAACCAAGAAGUUUCCUCUGCUGAGGUACCAGCAUCAUCCUGGUAGAAGAAAAGGUUGAAAGCAGCUGCCCUGGGGAGGGCUGUGACAAUCAGCACACCCUGAGCACAUAUACAAGUCUGCAGACCACACCAUAUGGGUUCCUGGCCCUGCCGCUCCAGCUUCCUGAGCCAUUCUAGCAGAGUGUGACAGCCAUAGAGGAGGCCCAGGAGUCUCUUCCAAUACAGCUCUGCUGGAGAAUCCCUACGGUGACCUGAACACACCUUUUCAUCUUUCUGACCAGAGGCAAUUGGUUUAAAGCACAUCUUCUGGGUUGGCCUCAUGUUUGUAAAGGCCCUGUCACUUUGGAAGCUUGCCUCUUUAAGGAGACUGGGAGCAUGUCAUGACACCCUGCCACCAUUGCCUUUCAGAAUGCGCCAGUUCAAUGAUCCUGUCCAGCACUUGUGGCCCUGCAUUAACCACAGGGAAAAGGAUGCCUCAGACUGGAUAGCCUGAAAAGAAACAACAGCUUUGCAGGAUGUGGAGAAGAGAAAACUCAGACAUUAGCAUUAAAAGGCACCAGUGAGAUCAUUAGGUCCCUAAGAUGUAGGAACACAUAUCUUCAAGUUAUGAGACUAUCUGGUUUUCAGUGAACAAGCACCUGAGCCAGCAGCAGCAGCAAAAGAAAAUUUUUCUUGCUUUGUCUUCUAGAAAUAGUUCCAUUCCAUCCUUCAUUAUACUGCUUAAUCAGGAUGUGCUUAGUUGUAAGGCAAUGAGUAUUUGUUCUGAACAAUAACAUUCUUAGAAAUGCCAUGCACUGGGAACACCAAUAAAUUGCCUCAGAAUUAUAA